UGACGGAGCAGUCGUUGUUUCGGGAGCCCUCUUUUGCGUUGCGCUGUAUGGGUAUGGCUUUACCUUCCCUCUUCUAAUCUUCCUCUUGCCUCCGUUCUCGGCCUCCGCAAUUUCUUCCACCCAACAUCGAAACAUUCAAAUCCGCUUCGUAUUGAGGCCAUUUGAUGGAACUUUGGUCCUAAAGUUAGGGUUUUAGUGAGUGUUGUUUUACUUGCGGCAUCCAGUUGGCGCUUCUGUCAAGUUGAAAUCAUAUAUGUGGUGAUAGGUCACAGAUGACUGCAGUUGUGUAAGUGCCUGCUCCAUUGAGCAAAAGUAGCAUCCACUAUAGUUUCAUGUGAAGUUCCUGUAAACUGUUGAAGAGGGUGCCUUUAACUUUGAGUAGAAAGGUAAAAUGUAUGGGAGAGCGGGUCUCGAUAGAUUUAAGAAAGCGCAAUCAAUAGAGCCAUUCUCUGUGACUCUUAACUCAGCUCCUAAAACAUCUACCCAAUCUGCUGCAAAAACAUCUACACAUUCUUCAAUUUCAUCUUUCCAACCUCAACCGUCGGACCUGCAAACCCAAUUCCAGCACCAACACCAUCAACCUCAAAGACCCGUUGGACAUGAACAGACAGUGUCAGCAGUAGCAGCUCAGCCAGUUACUCAGGUUGGUGGCGGGCAAUCGACUUGGCAGCCUCCCGAUUGGGCAAUAGAACCCCGACCGGGUGUUUUUUAUCUUGAUGUUUUGAAGGAUGGAGAAGUCAUCGGUCGAAUUAAUCUGGAUAAAAGGAGGCACAUUUUCGGGAGGCAAUUUCCCAUGUGCGAUUUCGUGCUGGAUCAUCAAUCUGUGUCACGCCAACAUGCUGCUGUCGUUCCACACAAGAAUGGCAGCAUAUAUGUAAUCGAUUUGGGGUCUGCCCAUGGUACAUUUGUUGCAAAUGAGAGACUGACCAAGGACAGCCCUGUUGAGCUCGAAGUGGGACAAUCCUUGCGAUUUGCUGCAUCAACAAGAAGCUAUAUUUUGAGAAAGAACAAUGCAGCUCUUUUUCCUCCUCCUCUUCUACCCUCAGAAAUCAAUCUGCCACCCUCUCCAGAUCCUUCUGAUGAAGAAGCUGUUUUAGCCUACAACACAGUCUUGAAUCGUUAUGGUCUGAGCAAAUCAGACUUGUCUAAAUCUGGCAAGGGUUCAGGGAACUUUUUGGGUGGGACUGAUAAUGGCAAGCCGCUGGAAAGAGCCUCUAAAAGAAUUAGGAAAGCAAAAGUUGCUUUCAGAGAUCAAGUUGGAGGAGAGUUGAUUGAAGUUGUUGGAAUUUCUGAUGGGGCAGAUGUUGAAACUGAACCUGGUCCAGUUGGUGUCAAAGAAGGUAGUCUUGUUGGAAAGUAUGAAUCCCUAGUACAGAUCACUGUUAUACCGAAAGGGAAGGAGCAAGCCUCAUCAAAAGAGGAAAACUUCGCCUCAAAAGGCGUGACUGAUAAACUACAGCAAGUAUUGAACAAGGUCAGAGCUGCUCCAAAGAGUGGUGGAAUUUAUGAUGACCUUUAUGGAGACUCAUUUUCUGGUAAAGUGGGUUCAUCCUGGGCUUAUGCUUCAGGCGGUAGUGGUGAUGGACAAACUGCUGUAUCUAAAGGUGCUCAGGCAAAUUCUGUUGGUAAUGCAAGUGGAAAGCGGGGAACAAAGUUUGGUUAUGAUGAUGAUGAUGAUUUAUUUGGUGAUUCGUUGGAGGACUAAGCACAAGAAGCUUCUGGGUGGUUUCCUACUCUGAUGACAUGAUUGGAAUUGCAUGACUAUAGGAGCUUGUUUCCUAGUAGUUUCCUACUCUGUACAUUGGAAAUUUUGUUGUAGUUACCGACUAUUUUUUGACCUUGUUAAUGAAAGAUGUGCAACCCAAAACUGGAGAUGACCCUGUAACUCAUUCAACUUAGAGCUGCGGGUUCGAUCUCUUGUCUUGUUUCCAUAAAAAAGAGAAUAGCAAAAGGAAAUGUGGUAUAUCUUUGAUACUGUUCUAA